CUUAGCUCUGCCCAUCAAAGCCUAUCACUACUAAACUUGUUUGCUUCUUGAUGGAUUUUAUACUAUUGUCUAUCUUUUUCCAUACAGCUUACCGCGCAAUCGAGGAAAAAGCUAGACAAACAAAGGACAAAUGCUGGUUUUAGGGCUGGUCAGAUCCCACUGCAGAGGAAAAAGGCCAACAACAAUGCCUUUCUUAUUCAAAAAUCCGCUAGAACCCCUCGAGGCAAUUGACUUUACACUACUCUCUGCUCGUAUCUACUGCGAAGCCGGGCGGGGAAGCUCGCUGCUAGCGGCAGGGUGCAACAUAACGGAUGUCAGAUUGGCUCGUGGGCCAGCUCAGAAACUCUUAUCGCUCCGGCCCACCGCGGAGUCUCUGCACGCAAACGGCUUGCUUCUUCCUCAGUGGGGAAGCUGUGCCGCCCACGAUGGCUGGCGCAGCAGAACCUCAGCUGGAGACCCCACGGGGAAACCGAUCUUCGCGCGAGCCUGCUUGCGUGCUUGCUGCGUAUCUUCGUUGAUGCCUCUUGUGAUCGGUACGAUACUUCCUCCAUCGAUCAUUCAUCGCGACCAUUCUUGGGACUCGCAUGAUGACGGCUAUGCUGUGCAUCACGAUGCAGGAACUCUCCUCGAUCACGUUCCGUUUCACCAUGCAGCUCCUGACCACCUGAUUGUUGAUCGCCAGGCGGGCAUCUCUCGUGGCUCGUACAGAUCCAACAGGUUUACGCAAUUCAUAUCGGCCCGCGCGGCUCAAUGUGAACAGACGGCCGAGUAUCAUUAUUUCAGCAUCUAUAUGGCGCACAUGAAAGCUGUCAAACACGGAUCGGUCGGAGAACUAUACCUGCGUUGGAAAUCUGGCCGUCAUGUUAGGUGUCGAUGCCACAUAGGGCAAGCUCACUCGCAUUAGUAACGUUCUACACAAGCGUGAGCGAGUAAUAGCACAGCAUACGAUCCACCCCACGGUUUCCGAUCGCCCCGACUGCGCCCUACCAAUAUCUUUCUUGUGUACACAUGAC